AUGGGUUUCAUGACUCAGAUUCAAUCGGAAGAGAUCAGCAAGAAGCGCCAGGCUCAUACAGUACCGCUUCUACAGCGCUGGAAGGAAAUCUAUCUUAUUCUUUUUCCCGAUGCCGAUGAGGAUACAAUACCCGGCCCCUACUUCGAGGCUACCGAGAUUUCCGAUGGUCUGUCGAACAUCUUCGAUCCGCAGGAAUAG